AUGGAGAAUUUUUUGGCCAGGAAGAAACCAAGGCUAUCAAACCCACAGUUUCAGUCAGAGAGGACUAAUGUGACCCCGUCCAAUGAGUCGGGAGGUAUUAGUGCCGACACUGAAGAGUCUACCGAUAUCAAACUGGCCAUCCUGAUAUCUCUUCAUCCAGAGAUAAAACAGGAAGAGCUGCUUGACAUUCUCGUUUCCUGUGAUGGAUCUGUUGAAGAAGUCUCAUCUCUACUAUCCUCCAAAAAUUCCACAGCUCCCACCCCGUCGAAGAAACGAACAGCCGGUGUAUCACUCGGUGUCCAGACCUCUUUAUCAUCACACAUCCUGACCAAAUCUGAAGACGGAUCACUUCGACCAAUGAAGGAGAUCAAACCUUUGAUCACGAAGAAAGGGCAGACACUACAUCUAUAUUCCCCUGAAGAUGUUUCGGCUAACACGCCUUGUACUAUUAUCCACAACUUCUUACCACGAGAGGAGGCCAAUACUCUCCUUACAGAGUUACUGGAAGAGUCAGAGCAUUUCUCCAGAUACGAGUUUCAACUAUUCAGCCGUACAGUACAGAGUCCUCAUACUGCCUGUGUGUAUGUCUCCACGCCAGAGGAAUACAAACAACAGACCUCGGAGUAUACAUACGGUGGUACAUAUCGAUCAAAUGUUCGAGAGGCAACCCCACAACUACGAUCAACAUCACGAAAGGUCCAACAAGUCGUGAAUGAGGAAAUACAAAAACGGAUCAAGAAUGUCUACCCAGACGGGAAGAAGCUGAAAUUCCAAUCACCGAAGCCCUGGCGACCAAAUGCCGCAUUCGUGAAUUGCUACGACGGUCCAACGGAGAGUGUGGGGUACCAUGCAGAUGAAUUAACCUAUCUGGGGCCACACCCGGUGAUCGGGAGUUUGAGUUUAGGCGUGGAACGAGAAUUCCGUGUUCGACGGAUCAUCCCGCGCGAAGAGGAGGAUGAUCAGAGCACUGGUAGUUCAAGCUCACCUCGGAAAGAUGAUAAAUCGAAGAAAUCAACUGUACAUGCAGAUGCACAGGGUCAGAUUUCCAUACAUCUACCGCAUAACUCACUGCUUGUCAUGCAUGCUGAGAUGCAGGAGAAAUGGAAACAUGCUAUUACCCCUGCUCAAACUAUUUCUCCGCAUCCGAUUGCUGGGAAUCGUCGUAUCAAUAUUACUUAUCGCUGGUACCGUGAGACUUUACAUCCGCGCUUCACGCCUCGGUGUCGAUGUGGAACACAUGCUAUUUUGCGAUGCUCCCAGCGUAAACAAGAGUCGAGGGGGAGGUAUAUGUGGAUGUGUUAUGGUGGAUUUGCACCAGGAAAACAGGGUUGUUCUUUUUUUCAAUGGGCUGAAUUUGAUGAUGAUGGGAAUCCAGUGUGGGACCAAAAGCAGAAAGUUGAAAGUGUUGAUGCUGCGCCUGCCUUGGCUAAUUUCUCGGCGUCCCAAUCUUCUCAAUAA